UUAAAAUAUAAUGGGCAUUUUAUAUAUGAAAUUUUCACGCGUAUAAAAUCAAGUAUAAUAAAUGUACCCACACAAGACAAAAAGUAAUAAUAAUAAUAAUUAUGUUUUUCGUGGGAAAUUAUAAAAUUUUUUAUAGUAUAGUAUUUUAAACCAUAAAAUAUACAGUACUGUACAUCAUUCGACCAUUAAGAUCAUGCGUUGCAGAAUAUUUUAUACAAAAUUUACGUUAGUUACACACUUCUGACCUUGGUUUUAAAUCCCUUUUCUUCCCUCACGUAUAUAAACUACCCAUAGAAAUCAAAAGCCGUGUCUAUUGGCACCUUAAUGUAGGUUUGUAUAGCGGAAGGCCUCACUUCCAAACAAAGACGUUACGCUAGGUUACAGACGCAUGCGUGGUUACCAUCCGAGUUACAGUGUGUUUUUUUAAACAUGAUUAUGAAUGAAAAUCAUGAAGUCAUAAAAGAAAGGCAACAGAAUUCUCUCGCUGUUAACCAAAUAUUUCAUGUUCUCGAAUGUUAACAUCGAUUAUGAUAGACAUUCCAGUCCAGAGCAGAUAUGACCUGGAGGAGCCAAUUGAUUUAAGGAAGAAGCCUGCGAUAGAAAGAGAACGCAUCCGCCUAUCUCCAGACCCUUGGGAAAAGUGGAAAAGAGUAUUUUUAGCGCCAUUCCUCGCGCCGAAUUUGUUAGUGGAUAAACCUAUAGAAGCGCAUCGAUCUUCGAUUGAUCCAUUCUCCGAUAGAUUAAAGACAUUUGGCCAAACAGAUUCGAUCGAUCAAGAGAAAUUAAUCGAUUUAUCGUGUCAUUUAAAUCGAUCGUUCAGUUGUUCUCAGAUACCGAAUUUCAAUUUCGAUUUACACCAUCGAAGAAAUAGGCAUCGAUCCGCUGAUGACGUCGAAGUGACGAAAUUUGAAAUGUCAAACUGUGAUUCGAACGAUUUUAAAUUAGAUACGAUUGGUACGGGUGUCAAAAAUAGAAAAAGAACCCCGCGUGCAUUAAUUGGUAAGCAUGUCAAAUAUGGAACUGGUGCGAGUAUUAAAACGCUAUUGACUCUCAGACAGACGAUCGUUGCCAGGAAAAAGGCAAAAGAAAUGAUUCCUCAAGGUGUCGCCACCUGCCAACAGAAGCAGAAAACUCAGAAAUUAAAAUCAAGAAAGAAAAUUGUUAAUUCUCAAUGAAAUUUUGAGAAAAAAUAAAAUUAAAGAGAAACAAUUUUGUAUAAUAAAUUUUAUUACAUAUAU